UUGAAGUGGAUGAUGAGUUUAGAAAGAUGGUCAUUGUAUUUUACCCUCCAUAAUGUCACCAUCAGAAAUGCAUAUCAUAUCUCUCACGUAUUCAUCUAUUUGUUGUUCAACUGUUCUUGCAGUUUUACUCCUCCACAUGAUCAGAGAAGAUCCCCAGAAGAAAGGACAAAGAGAGAGAAGACAUUCCUACUGAAUCUGUGUCUUCAAGCAGCUCUCCAUGAGAGAGGAUCCAUACAAACAACUGUAGAGAAAGUGUUGUCGCUGUCUAAAGUAUAUCGCUUUCAGAAAUGUGAUUUCCUGUUGGAUCUGUACUCACAUGUGAAGGACUAUGAGACUCAAACAGGCAGGAGUGUCCUUCCAGCAUUACAGCCAGUUUACCUGUCAUCUCCUGCAGUCUGGUUCAUAGACCUCUCAGAGAGAAAGGCCUCCCUCCUCCUAGAAGUGCUGAAACUCCAACCAGAGAAGAAACCAGUAGAGCUGAAGGGCUGGUCAGAUGAAGAGAGUGAAGUGAGGAGUUUCCUUCAGUGUCUGUCCUACAUCUCACAGCUGAGUUUCUGUCCAGACUGGUCUGAUCUCUCAAAGCAGAUCAAGAUCCUGGUGGAUCUCCUGUCUCAAGCAGCAGACUGGGAGGAGCAGACAGGAGAGAAGACACUGAAGCUGGUAUCAUCAGUGUUGACUUACAGAACCUUUCCUUAUCGCUAUGGAUACAAUUCUAAACAGAGUGAUUUCCUGCUGGAUCUGUACUCACAUGUGAAGGGCUAUGAGACUCAAACAGGCAGGAUGGUCCUUCCAGCAUUACAGCCAGUUUACAAGUCAGCCAGGCCUGCAGUCUGGUCCAUAGACCUCUCAGAGAGAAAGGCCUCCCUCCUCCUAGAAGUGAUGAAACUCCGACCAGAGAAGAAACCAGUAGAGCUGAAGGGCUGGUCAGAUGAAGAGAGUGAAGUGAGGAGUUUCCUUCAGUGUCUGCCCUACAUCUCACAGCUGAGUUUUACUCCUCCACAGGAUCAGAGAAGAUCCCCAGAAGAAAGGACAAAGAGAGAGAAGACAUUCCUACUGAAUCUGUGUCUUCAAGCAGCUCUCCAUGAGAGAGGAUCCAUACAAACAACUGUAGAGAAAGUGUUGUCACUGUCUGAAGUUUAUCACUAUCAGCCAUGUGAUUUCCUGCUGGAUCUGUACUCACAUGUGAAGGACUAUGAGACUCAAACAGGCAGGAGUGUCCUUCCAGCAUUACAGACAGUUUACCAGUCAGCUCCUGCAGUCUGGUCCAUAGACCUCUCAGAGAGAAAGGCCUCCCUCCUCCUAGAAGUGCUGAAACUCCAACCAGAGAAGAAACCAGUAGAGCUGAAGGGCUGUUCAGAUGAAGAGAGUGAAGUGAGGAGUUUCCUUCAGUGUCUGUCCUACAUCUCACAGCUGAGGUGAGUCUGAACAUGUGUGGUGGUUAGUGAUCAUGUGAUGCUAGUGGUUAUUAUCUUGUAGAAACAUUUGACAUAUAAAACUUCAAGUGUUGGUAAAUCUUGUAGCAGUAUUGUUAGAGAGGGGUAAAGGUAGAGAUUUUGUUGGGGUGCCAGACAGGUAUUAACCCUGCAGAAAGGAAAAGAGUAGGAUAGAGAGAGACCAGACACACACACAUCAGCAGAAGAGACUGUCUAGACUGUAGCCUGUUAGCCAGAUAGCCAGUGGAGAGAAAAGAUAAGACUCACCAUAUAAAACACCCAUCACAGCACAGGGGGAACCCCACCAAUAAUACCUCAUACAAUAAUGAUGGCAGAGCAAUUUAACGGCAGCUUCAUAGAAACAAUUUACAAGAAAGAACCCAGUCAUCAACAGGAGAGGAUUUGCAGUAAUCUGUAUUACCUCCCAGUGGAGGAGUGCAGAGGGUAUGAAUGGUGGGGGGUCAUAGACAAACAAAGUCCUUAAAAUGUCCACAAUCUUCUGGGCCACAUGUCAUUAGUACCACAUAUAUACAGUUCAAAUAACAAGACACAAUAAACUGGCAAGAAACCUCCCUUUAACUAAAAUGUCAACCCAAAUACGUCUGGCAGGGCAAUGAUUGUCCAUCCACGCUGAACCUCAAAGGGAAGAGCAUUGAAAACAAUGAUAAAGUCUGCUGCUGUGUAAAGUCCUGGAGAG